AUGGACUCGCCUCAAGACGGCGUCGGGCUAGACCUCCCUUCCCGCUCCGCUCCGCAGGCGAUGGCGACGCUCAUCAUGGGUCCGACGUCGUGCGGGUACAGCGCGCAGAUGCUGCUCUUCGGCGCGUUCGUCUCGAUGUUCCUCGAAGGUUGGCGCUCGGGCGCGCUGCAGGCUCAAUCUCGACCUGCCCGCCUCGCCUUGUGGACCUCGCUCGUGCUCAACACCGUCAACACGGGCAUGUGUGUGUAUCAGAGCUUCGACUCGGCAGUCUCGCAAAACCGAUCGUUCUUCUACCUCUCAAGCGGCAACAUUGCAUGGAACGCCCUGAGCGUACUGAACGGCGUCAUUGCGGCGCUCUCGGAAGGGUUUUUGGCGGUCAAGGCCGGGUCCCUCAUCGCGCGCCGUCCUUGGCGGCUUCUCUUCUGGGCGUGGCAGGCCUGCGUGAUCGCCCUCGUGCUGGCGGCGAGCGCAAUUGUCACCGCCGACGGCUGCCUUGAGACGUCAUCUGCUCGAGGGCCGAACCUGACUCGCCGUCGUGCGACGCUUGCGCAGUACAACCUCGCCGGCGUCGACGGCACCGUCCCGACUUUGGCGCUCGACUACAACACGGCGUCGGCCGUCUGGCUCUGGUCGAGCGCCGUGGCCGAUGUCUCAAACUCGUUGGCUUUCGCUCGAGCGCUCAGCAGCCGCAUCCACGGCUUCAACGAGACGACCGACAACCUUCUUCGGCGCCUCAUCUUGAUCGCCAUCCGGACGGCGUCGUACACGACGGCGCUCAGCAUCGCUGGGGCGGUCGCAAACUCGAUCUGGGGAGACGACGACACGCUCGGCUUUGUCGCGAUCGGGCUGUGGCUCCCGAUGCCGGCCUUGUACGGCUUGGCCCUCCUCUCCUUCUCCUUCUCGUCGCGACGAGCGAUCGACUCUCGCCUCGGCGGCUCGUCAGACGAGCCAUCAGCGCCCCCGCGAGGGAACGGCAUCUAUGUCAGGCGCAGUGUGCGCGCGUUCGACUCGAAGGGCCUCUCGGUCCGACGACUCGGGCUCUCGAACGAGCACGAGCUCGUGACGCUGCCGACGCAGAGCGUGCCCGCGGUGCGCAUCACGGUCGAGCAGCAUCGAGUUACCGAGAGCGACGACGUCGACUUGGAGCUCGGCAAAGCGAGCACGGCGACCGAUACGCCCGGCGACGACGAGUGGAGGAGGAACUGGCGCGGCGAGAAGUUACGGCGCGUCGUUCGUAAGCACUCUCAAGCUUCUGGUGCGUCCCACGGUCCUCGUUCGAGGGCGUUCUCCUCGUACGCCUGUCGGUACCCGUUCCCCCGGUCCACGCUCACGUCGCCUUCGCCCUCAGCCUUGCACUCGUCGACGACCAUGAGCUCUCUCGACGACUUCCCGAAGAUGUCGGCAUCGCAGCAUGCCGCCACGCUCAUCAUGGGACCGAACCAGGCCGGCUAUCUUGUCCAGAUCUUCCUGUUCGGCGUCUUCCUCCAGAUGCUCGUCUCGUACGCCCUGAGCGGCGAGCUGGGCCUCCACACUCGGUGGGCGAAAAGCGCUUUGGCCGCUUCUCUCCUUUUGAACCUCGUCUACACGGCCAUCUGCUUCCAGCAGGCCUACGUCGCCGGCGUCAGUCAAGAUCGAACGUUCGACACGCUGUCGAACGGCGACGUCUGGAACCUCCUGCCGCUGCUCAACGGCAUGAUCUCGACCGUCUCGGAGGUCUUCCUCGCCGCUCGCGCCGGUGCGCUCAUUCAAGACCGACGCGUGCGGCUCGCCUUCUGGGUUUGGAUCGGCGCGCUCGUCACCCUCGUCCUCGUCGGGUGCUCGUUCACUUGCGCCGAUGGCUUCCUCUACACCGCCGGAGCCGAAGAGAGCGACCUCCGUCCCUCAACCGGUCAGAUCAUCUCGUUCAACGGCGCGUCGGCAAUGUGGAUGCUCUCAAGCGCCGUGGCCGACCUCUCGAUCUCGCUCGCCUGCGCCUGGGCGCUUCGUGCGAGGAUUCGCGGCUUCAAUCCCGAGACCGACACGCUCCUUCGACACCUCUCGUGGAUCUUCCUGCGCACGGCGGCCUACACGACUCUCCUCAGCCUCCUCGCGGCCACUAUUUUGGUGACCUACGGCGAAUACGACCUCCUAAGCUACCUGAACAACGCCUUCUGGACGCCUGGUGCCGCUGUUUCUGCCCUCUCCCUCUUCACCUUUUCGACCGCGACCCGCCACGCCGUCACGAACCGCCUCGGCUCGUCGGGCGAGAUGCCCGGCAACGUCUACAUCAACCGCGCCGGGAUCAGCGCCGCCGGCAAGGUGCGCUCGAGUGUCGGCCCCGGCAUCGCGCUGCAGCAUCUCUCGGGUGGGAACGCACAGCCGUCCGUCCCGCUGCAGAUCACGGUGCAGCACCAACGCUCCGUGCACUACGAGGGCCCGGACGACGAGGACUUUAGCACCAAGGCGGGCUCGGACAGGGAGAAGGACGCGAGGGACUUUGCGAGCCUAAUGUGUCCUGCAAGCGGCCUCGCUGAUUUACCGGUGCGCGUGACCUCCGUGCGCCGCCAGCUGCCAGCGCGACUUUCUUCAGAGCCGAGCCUCUUCGCUCUUCCGCACCAGCAACUCGCGCAGACCAGCUCGUGCCAAGCCGACCGCACAGCAGUCACCGCCUGCUCGCCACCGCCAGCACCACCAGCCGCCCCAGCCAGCCGCUCGCGGGAAACCACCCCCCUCGCUCCGCCAACGCUCAUCGUCGCUCGCCCCGUGGCCAGCUCCGCCUGCGAGACCGAGCCGCCGUGCCAAAAACUCGCAAUCAUGGCUACCUGGGCCAAGCGCGCAUCCGCGCCCACCGACACCCCCUCUCACGACGACUCGACCCCUCCUCUUUCCUCCCCCGCCGACGUCGCACCCGCAACCCACCCCGCCCCUUCGUCUUCCGUGCCCCGCUCUGCGCCCAUCUCCAAGGCCAACGCCUCGGACAACUGGCGCGCCAAUGCCCGCCCCAACACGGCCCCGAAGAACGGCGACCCGCCCGUGCGAGCGCGGGCAGCGAGCAAGGGCAACUCGCACGCGCCCGCCUCGGCUGCUGCCCCGGCCGCGUCGGCGUCGCCCGCCGGCCAGGACGAUGACGAGGGUGCGUGGGAGACGGUCGAGAAGAAGGACAAGCCGGCGCCCGUCUCGCGGCUCGGCAGCAAGAAGAGCUUCGCCAAGGACGGCAACAAGAAGGCCGGCGAGGGCCGCAAGACCGCCGUCGUCGAGGAGGCGAGCAGCACGGCUGAGGGCAGCGCCGCGCCCAAGGGCAAGGCGGCGGCAGGGCGCGCUCGUGCCGGGUCGUCGAGCGCGGGCAAAGGCGAGAAGAAGGCGGCGGCGGCGGCCGCGGGUCGGCCAACGCUCAAGCCGGCGAGCUGGGCAGACGACGAGGAGAACGGCAUCCUGCCGUCGCCCAACUUUGGCGCGACGAGCGCUCCCGCCGCCGCCGCCCCGAGCGACGCGGCCGUCGAGGUCCUCGUCCUCCCGCCGUCGCAGGCCCCGUCGCCGACCGAGGAGAAGGAGCAGAAGGAGGUCGAGCAGCCGGCCAAGAAGGCCCCCUCGGCGCCGGCCGUCAACGUCUGGAGCGUGCGCAAGGACCAGCUCGCGCAGGCGUCCGAGCCGGCGUCGUCGUCGCCGGCGCCCACGCCUUCCGCGCCUUCCGCGCCCACGCCCGCCGCAGACGACGCGGCGCCGUCGUCGGCGACCGAGACGCCCGCGCAGGACGAGGGCAAGAAGCCGGCCGAGCAGGCGCAGAAGAAGAAGGAGGCGCGGCCCAAGGAGGACAAGGGCAAGGCGGCGGCGGCGGCGGUCAACGGCGGCGGCGCGACCGCGACGACCUCCAAGUCGUCGCCGUCAACGAGUCGGACGACGAGCGCGAUGGGCUGGUCGUCGACGGCGACGCCGGCUACGAGCGGGUCGUCGAAGCCGCUCGUCGUCGCCGGUGAGGACGCGACGAGCUGGCCGGCGCCCGAGGACGCCGUCAAGCAGGACGAGCCCAAGGCCAAGGCGGGCAAGGAGGACAAGCAGGCGGCGCAGCAGCAGACCGGCGGCAAGAAGAAGAAGGGCGACAAGAGCAAGUGGAUCCCGAUCAAGGCCGACAUCACCGUCAGCGCGCCGGCGCCGGGCCAGCUGGCCAAGCGCACGGCCAAGGCGGCAAAAGCGCCGGGCGCGUCGACCACGGGCGGCGCCGAGAAGAAGGGCGCGCAGCCGGCGCAGCAGCCGGGCAAGGGCAAGGCCGCGGCAGGUGCGGCCCCGCAGCCGGUCAAGGGCGCAGCCGCCGCCCAGCAGGGCAAGGGCAAGAAGGCGGCGGGCGCCGCGGGCCCCAAUUCUCGGACCGCGCCGCUCGACACGAGCGUCGACGCCGAGGGCAUCAUUCGGCCGUUCGGCGGCGCUACGCCUGCCGGUCCCUCGUCUACGACCGCCAAGUCCGCGUCGGCCGAGCAGACCGGCUCGACGUCGGGCCCGACCACUACGCCGUCGGCGAGCGGCGGCGACUCGGCCCAGCUUCCUCGUCAGCCUCCCGCGUUCGUCCCUGCGCACCAGCAGCAGUUCGCCGGCCGAGGACGCGGUCGUGGCGGUGCGGUGCGAGGGCGCGGCGGCGCACGCGGCGGCGCCAACGGCGCCGGCUUCAACCGCCAGUUCCAGCAGCAGCACGCCGUCGCGCUCGCUGCCGGCUACGUCCCUGUGCCCGUCGAGCUCGACGCCAACGGCAACCCGAUCGUCGACCAGUUCGGCUACCCUGUCGCGGCGCAGCAGCUCCCGCAGCCGACGCAGGGCCAACAAGGCCAGGCGGGCCAGGCGCCGUUCGACCCGCGCAUGCUCGACCCGACCCGGUACUGGCUCCUCGGCCAACUCGAGUGGUGGUUCUCGAUCGACAACCUGUGCCGCGACCUCUUCCUGCGCCAGUCGAUGGACGCCGCAGGGUGGAUCUCGGUCCCGCUCAUCGCGUCGUUCAACCGCAUCAAGAACCUCACCUCGGACCUGUCGAUCGUCGUCGAGACGAUGCGCAUGACGCCCGUCCUCGAGGUGUCGCCCAAGGGCCGCUUUGUACGCCUCGCCCAGACGUGGCCCGAGUGGCUCCUGCCCAACGCGCAGAAGAACGACGACGUCGAGAAGGACUUUGAGGAGGCGCGCGCCGAGGUCAAGGCGCUGCACGAGCGCAAGGAGCGCGAGCGCGAGUCGAAGGGCGACAAGGACGCUGCGCCGGACGCCGAGGGUGCCGCCAAGCCUGCCGUCGAGCGUGACGAGGCUGCUGUCGAGCCGGCCGCCGAGAAGAAGGACGACGCCGCGACCGACGCUCCUGCCGACGCCGACAAGGCCGACGCCGCCUCGGCUACUACCUCCGCAACGGUCGCCGAGCCGGCACCUGUCGCUGUCGAGGUCAACGGCGAGAAGGACGUCCAGCGCGAGGAGGCCAAGGACGCCGUCGCCGAGCCGCAAGACGACGCGACCGAGGAGGCGAAGGAGACGGCGGCUGCCCCCGCCAAGAAGGACGCGCCUUCGGCACCACGCAAGGAGUCGCUCUCGCCUCGUGAGGCGCCCCGGACCAUCUCGCCCAAGGCGACGCCGGCCCAGCCGAUCCUCGACACGGCGUGCGCGUCCAUCACGAGCACGACGCCCUCGUCGACCGCAUGAGCCUCCCCUCUCCUCGCACAACAUCUCCCUUUUCGCCUUUCCCCUCCCAUGCCCCUUCUCUCGCCUCGCCAAAUCAGCCACGAGUGUCUCCCUCUUUCCACCCUUCCCUCGUGUCCAACCUACAUUGCGCUCCGACUGUUCUACUCCUCCGCAUACAUCCCCCGUCCCCCUCUCUCCCUCUCUCGCGACCCCUCCUUCUCUCGCCUUGUGUCGGUCCCGUCCUCUUUCGCCCCUCUCUCUCUCGUCGCAGAUUCUCUCUCGCAAGCUCUGGAUUUCUCU